AUGAGUUGUAGUCAUCGUCAACAUCAGCAUCAAGAUAAUGAUAUUAUCUAUCAAAAAGAUUCUCUACUCAAAUAUGAAUCUCCACGUCUUAUUGUUAGUCAUGAUAUUUCAGAUACAGAUUAUAAAAAAAUUUGUCGAGCAACUAUUUCUCCUUCUUUUCAACCAAUAUCACUCUAUGAUACUAAUUUAAAACUUUUUGAUCCAUAUUCUGAUUUAUGUCGGCCUGCAUAUAUACUUGACUUUCUUUUCCCACCUAUUGAACAUAUUGAUAAAAAUAAUCAUAAAUAUAUCAUAUGUGUAUCACGUCAUCCAGCAACAAUAACUGAUGUUUACAAUUUACAAAAAAAUCUUGAUCGUCGUUUAAAACUUUCUCAAGCACUUGAAGUUGGUUUAUGUAAUCAUCGCCGUAAGAUAUAUAACGAAUGUUUUGAUGAACUGGUACGACAAAUAACAAUUGAGUGUAGUGAACGUGGUAUUUUAUUAUCUCGUAUUCGUAAUACAUAUCGUCAAAUGAUGAAUGAUUAUUUAAAUAAUUAUUUAAGUGCAAAUGCAUAUGCAAUGAGAACGUUUCUUCUUAAUGAAGAAAUUAAAAUAAAAUUAAAUAAUCAAAUUGAUCAUUUACAAUAUGACAUUGAACAAAUAAAAAAAGAAUUAAUUAAUGCUGAAGAUCAUUUUGAAAAUAUUUUAAAAUUAUAUUCAAAAUUUAAAUCAACAAAUGAAUAUCGAUAUGAAUCAAUUAAUAUUACUAUACCAUUUGAAUUACAACAAUUAAGAACAACAAAUAAAUUAUUAAAACAAGAAUUAGAAAAUGUUUUAUGUAAAAAAUUAAAUAUCAAUCCAUCAGAAAGAAUAAAUAAGAAAAAUGAAGAUGAAUUAGAAAAUAUUAAAUAUGAUAUAAAAUAA